CCAAUUCUUCCUCAGUGUUACUGCUCUCAUCGAACAUUUCACAUCGUGUUCAUCUCUCGAUCACCAAUAGCAACAGCCAUUCUCCAUGUUGUGCGACGGAUCCAGCACAAAGAAGACGAAAAUCAAUAAGCAACCUUGAAACGACGACACACACAAUUAUUGGCAGAGUUUGUUCAAGGAAGACAUUGUUUGGAGAAAAUAGGAGUUCGCACUUCCGCGUUGCGUUGGCAGAGUGUUGGAAAUUUCGUGACAAUUACUAUUGAGCUAUAAAUUGUGAACCUGGUGCAAGUGCUCGCAAAAUGUUUCGCCCGCUUUUGGCAGUAGACAGCAAAAUAUCUUACGAAAUUCGCAGCAAAUUUACGUCAGAAAUUUGCGCCCUAAUCAGUCGCUAGAUGGCCGCUGAAAGGUGCCCAAAAAACCAAACAAGAGGUGCUCGUCGUCAACCUGCGAACCAUCCGGACGUGGCGUUGGAGUCGUGUUCGCUUUCUUACCCCUUGUAUAUAAUGUAUAUAAUCGAGCUUGGAAAAAUCUUUCUCUAAAUUCUCAACAAAAUACACAAAAGUAACGGCACCACUUUGUUAUAAAAUUUCGCUAAUAAUAGCAGUAAUAGUAAAUUCCCACGGACGAAGAGUUUGAAUCCAGUGCAGGACAGUCGGAACUGGGAAAAACAGCUUCCCAUCGUCAUCGCCAUCAUCAGCAGCAGCAGAUAGGAUUGAUUUUUGCAGCCACAACGCACCACAGUGCUGUCUGAAUCGUCCAGCCAGAGAAACGCAAAAAAUAGAAGGAAAGGAAAGGCACAUCACCUCACGCCAGACAUCGUGGUCAUCGCCAUCGAUAAGAGCCGCAAAAUAGCGCACGAAAAGGAACAGAAAUCAGACGAGAUGGCUACGGCCCUAAAGAGUCCGAAGGUCCCGGGAGGCUCCGGAAAAUUCAACUGGUUGGCCCACGUCAAGUACGAGCAUCUCAUGGCGGGUGUUUCCGGUGGUGUGACAUCGACCCUGUUGCUACAUCCCCUUGAUCUGAUCAAGAUCCGAUUUGCAGUAAACGACGGCCGAACGGCAGCGAUGCCACAGUACCGCGGUCUAACGGGUGCAUUCCUGACCAUAUUCCGCCAGGAAGGCUUCCGAGGCCUCUACAAGGGAGUCACUCCCAAUGUGUGGGGUUCUGGCAGUGCCUGGGGAUUUUAUUUCCUGUUCUACAACACCAUCAAAACAUACAUCCAGGACGGCAAUUCAGCCCAACCCCUAGGUCCAACGCUGCACAUGCUGGCCGCAGCCGAAGCUGGAGUACUGACACUAGUGAUGACCAACCCGAUCUGGGUGGUCAAGACACGGCUCUGCUUACAGUACACCGAGCCCGGCCAGAAGGUGACCAAAGGAUACGCCGGAAUGGUGGACGGAUUGAAGCAAAUCUACCGAACCGAAGGCGUCCGAGGGUUGUACAGCGGUUUCGUUCCUGGCAUGUUCGGAGUGUCACAUGGUGCACUGCAGUUCAUGACUUACGAAGAGAUGAAAAACAGAUACAAUCUGAAUAGGAAACGCCCUAUCGAUGCUAGACUGACUACCGUAGAGUAUUUGACAUUCGCUGCAGUGUCCAAGCUGAUCGCGGCGGCCGCAACGUAUCCCUAUCAGGUGAUACGGGCCCGGCUCCAGGAUCACAACCACAACUACAAGGGCACCUGGGACUGCGUGAAGCUGACCUGGAGAUAUGAGUCGUGGCGCGGUUUCUAUAAAGGGCUUGGGCCGAACUUGAUUCGCGUGACGCCGGCAACAAUGGUUACGUUCGUCACGUACGAGAAUGUCUCCCGGUAUCUGUUGGACUUGAAUAAAACGUAGAGUAGAAGAAAACAAAAGUUGGCAAUCGGUUCUCUCUGACCUCUUUUAGAUAGAACUAAGAUAGAAAAGAGUUAAUUAUGAAGUGAGUGAAGAGGAUGUGUGCGUGUGUUUACACGCUGGUUAUAGAAGUCGUGCAACCAAAAAUUAAGGCUAUGACCAUUCAUUAGUCGAGUAAGGAUAAAGCUUUACGAUAGCUUGAAGCAUCAAACUUUCCGUUGCAAACAACGACUACCCAGUGAAGGAGAAAUAGUUUGUUAUGUUAGAAAUUCAAUGUUUAGUACAUAUCAAUGAUUUCAUAAUGCGAAA